GCACCCGAAGCGAAAGGGUUAAAUUAAGCAUUUUUAAACUAAGCUCCAAGUAUCAUAAUACUUUUUUAUAAAGAAUUAAGAACUGCAUCGAACAGUAUGUAAAAAAGUGUACAGUUUCAUUUAGAAAAACGAAGAUAUCGAAACGUCUUUACUUAGACAAAUCUGGCAGUUAGUGUAAGACAUUUUCCUCGAAACAGAACGUGUUUUGUUUGAAACUUUUUUCCGAAUACUGUAUAAUUUAGAAGAUAUUUACGCCUGUAUAAUAUUUAGCAUAUAGUAGAGUGCAAAGGCUAUUGAAAUUUAUUUAAAACGUCAAAAACACCAUUGACUUGGAAAAUGCUUAACCUACAUUUUGUUUAUUAACUUGUACAUACCUUUAUUACUUCUGGCAUCGUUUGAACAUGCUGAGUAUGUUUAUGCACACUUCGGGCAUCCAAGACUACUCCAUCAGAUUAAACCUACGAGAAAGGAGAUAAUUUCUAACCAAGAAUGAAGACACUCCUGCUGUUAUUCGCGUGUAUUUGUUUGGCAGAAUGUGGUGCAGGAAGAAAGCACACUCGUGAGCAACAAGCUCAAGGUUACGAAUACGAAUAUGCUCAGGAAUCUGCGCUAUCUGGCCCCCUAGUAGCUGCAGGUCCACACGCUCAUGGUCGCGGACUGCCUCAUCCCGGGUUCAGCGUUGGUGGUCCUUUGGCUAAUAUCGCGAAAGGCGCGGCAGAACAAGCUCACACGCAGUUAAAUAAUCAACAUUCCGCGGCCGGACAAGCCGCGUUCGUGGCGAAAAAUACAUUAGCGCAAGCUGCUUCUCAGUCAGCGGCUACCGCGGCUGCGGCACUCGCUGGCAAACAGAUCGUGGUCCAAGGGCUGGAGCAACAAUCGAGAGAUGCCCACGUAGCGGUAGACGGGGAGAACCUGCAACUGCAACAAGCGGAACGUGCCGCAAACGCAGCAAGAACCACCGCUAAACAAGCGAUGCAGCAGUUGCAAGUGGUUACAGCGGCCUUAAACGCGGCACAGGCGACGGCUGACCGCGCAGCGCAAGCUGCCGCGGAAUCAGCGGCCGAGUUGGCGGCGCAAACCACCAUGCUUGGUCAGGCGAAGGCAAGAGCGGAGUCGGUGGACGAGCAACUCACUGCUGCUCGCCUCGAUUACGAAACUACUCAAGCGGCCGCUGAGAAAGCUGCGAGCGCAGCCGCAGCCGCGCAGAAUAACGCUGCCGCCGCCGCUGCACACGUUGCCGAUGCUGCCGCUGGUUCCGCGCUUUUGGCUCACCAGCCGAUCAAUCCCUCUCCGCUCCCGAAACUUCCUCCACCUCGCCACGGUGCUCUCGGAGAACCUGCCGUUCUCGACGCAGGUCUUCACGAACCCGGUGCCCUUCUCGCACCUGGCGCGCUCCACCAAGCUGACGCUCUCCGUUCACCUGCCGCGCUUCACCAAGCGGAAGCUCUCCGUCUCUCCUCCGGACUUCACGAAGCUGCCGCGCUCCAGGAAGCCGCUCUUCGCGCGUCCAGCCUGCUUCACGAAGCUGGUCCAGCACUUCAAUCUCCAGGCGGUCUUCAUCGUUCAGAGUUGCUUAGCCUAGCCAAUGCUUUACCUACCGAUAGUUACGAUAUUAAAGGUUAUCGAUACUAGAUUCCUUCGGAUUGGACAUUUUAGACGAAUCUAGUACUUGUUACCGUCUUCUUUCAGGAAUAACGAAAUAUUAUGUUCCAUGUGUCAGACUGUGAAAUAAAAUAUUGUUGAAAUGACAAAUAUCUUCUGCCUGACCUCUUCAUCUUUGUCCUGUUAAAUCUCUAACUAAUUGAUUACCUUUCAGCUGCUUCCCCGCCCCCCUCCCCGAAAUAGUACGAAAAUAUAAAUGUUAACAAACUUUUCAAAAUAAAACACGACAUAGAUUUAAGAAUAUU